CUAUUCUGGUCGAAGUUCCGUGGCGUGAACUUCGCACCUGACACCUUCAGCUGAUUCCGAUGGACAGUGUACUUUAGAUGUGAGUAAAAUGUCUCUAAAACGCGUCAAAUCCAAGCGCAAAUCAAAUCAUAAAAAGAAGAACAAAUCUAAAAUAGUUUCUUCUAACUACGAUCAACAAGCUAAGGAAGAACUCAAGGUUCAAGACGAGCCGCCUGUGCUGAACUCAUCGACGAGCGUCAACAAGAAAAAGAAGUCCGCCAAACAAGCGCGCAUCGCUUUUCUACCAGAGAAAUACCAACCGCUGGUCGAGGAUGAGAUUGUUGACCAACCACGAGAUGACAAUAUCAAGAAAAAACAAGACAAAUAUAAAAAGUUAAGAAAAAAUAUGGGGAAGGCUCUUCGUUACAGCUGGAAGUGUCUGGUGGUUGGAUUGCAGAAUCUGAGCACAGCCUAUUCUAUGCCGUUGGGUGCCGGUGCCACAAUAGUGCCAGACAUCCACAGAGCCAGAGCUCACGUCUAACACGUGACCCGAGACCAGCCGAUUACAUCAUGAGUAGAACAGUAUAAUCACUGUUGGAUCUCCAUUUUUACUACAGCCACUUAUCUGUGAUAUGAACCUCUGAUUUGGAGGUGCAAUAAAUGUAUUUUUAUUUAUGUGCCACUGUUGGCAAGAGAGAAUUGCAUGGAGGAGACAAAAUAUUAAGUAGCAGAUGCUGUGAUGGACUGUGAUUAACACUUCUAUUCUAUUCUAUUCUCUUUUGUAAUUAACACACAUUCUUCUGGUAAUGCACAACUCAUUUAAAGGGAUAGUUCACCUAAAUUAUUAUUUUGUGAUUAUUUACUCAUCCUCAUGUCGUUCAAAACCUUUAUGAGUUUGUUUCUUAUGCUGAACAUAAAACAAGAUAUUUUGAAGAAUGCUGGUAAUCAAACAGUUGAUGGUACCCAUUGACUUCCAUAGUAUUUCUUUAAAGUCAGUGGAGACCAAGAACUGUUUGGUUCUUCAAAAUUCUUUCUUUUGUGUUCAACAUAGGCAACAAACUCAUACAGGUUUGGAACGACAUGAGGAUGAGUAAAUGAUCACAAAAUUAUAAUUAUAAUUAACUUUAAAUUUACAGGUUUAGAUCAAACAUGUUUAGCAGGGAAAGUUUUGAUGUGUUUUUCUUUGAUAUGAUGGGUAAAGUUAGUAGUAUCAUUUUACUGUGGAUGUUAUGCAAGUGAAGUGCCUGAGUGAAGACAGAACGAGACUGAUGUACUGUAUGGUGUUGAACAGGUGGAAUCAAGUAUGUUAUCAGAAGCUGUAUUGCUUUAGAAUGUUGCAUGAUGUAUAUCAGCAGAAAUGUAAUGUGAAAGCACAGUUUGUUCCAUUUUGCACUUUUGUAAUUACACCCAUGAACAAAUUGUUUUAUUUAAACUGUGAAUACAACUAAAAUGUUGCUAUUAAA